AUGGUAUUCAUCACCGGGACCAACUCCAUUCGACGUCGUGAAGACCAAGCUCCCGAGGGAUCUGGCGAAGAUUCGUAUUUCGUCUCGGACAGCUCACCUAUUUUCUCCUACGCUAAUGGCACCUCAUCCUCAUCAUGGACAGCAGGCUAUGCCAUGCAGUCCGAUGGCUAUGAUGAGACGUUACACCUGACAACCAUCUCUCAGUCAACCAUCAUGUUCAAUAUGACUGCCUCUUCCAUGACUUUUCUCAUUCCGUCCUUCUACAAUUGCCAAGCCACCGUCUCCAUCAAUGAUUCUGCCACUGUCCCAGCUUGUACCAAGUCGUCUGAUACAGGUGAUGAGCCAUUCACAUUGUUCAAUCUGCCUCUCGGGGUCCACAAUGUCAAGUACGAUACUGGUCACAUCGAGCCCGGUCAACGAGUCAUUUUCUGGGGGAUCGAUGGUAUUCGACCUCCCGACACGGCUCAAAUGACUAAUGUGACCGUCGAUGACACGUACUCGUCUGCUGAUGCUGGGCCGGUCGGUAUAACUUGGCAAGGUGCUUGGAAUCAUAUCGAUUCGGAGAGCGAUACCAGCUUGGAGGAGCAGAACGGGCUGGGUAGUGAUUUCAACAAGACCAUCUCAGUUACCUCAAAGACGGGCGCGUCAGUGACCUUUUCAGGCGCAGGCUCUGCAUUCUACAUUUAUGGCCUGGUCGGGCCAGGGUAUGGGUCAGCUUCGGUAGCUUUGGACAAUGAAAUGGUCAUGCCGAGCCUGAAUCUCACAGCACCCUGGCCGAUGCCAUACCAGCUUUUGUGGUUCACUACUGGCUUGAACCCCAAUCAGACGCAUACCGUCACCAUGACGAGCUUGUCGGAGCAGAAGAUGGCCAUCGACUUUUUCCUCUUGUCUGCAGAUCCCGUGACCCUUUCUCGAAUCUCAACGACCGCACCUGGAUCCACCGAAUUCAUCUCGACAACGGCAGGCAAACUCAUCUGCUUUCUUCUCGCUCCGCUCAUUAUGCUCGUGGCGGUGGCUCUUGUCCUGUGGUGGUUCUUCGUCCGCCGAAGAGAUCGUCAAGACUCCGUUCGAGGUUCUGAUUCGAGCUCUCAAUCUGGAAUCUGGCUUCAUCCUUCUCCAUCGAAUGAGAAGCCACCUGCCAUCAUGGAAUUCGACAAGAACUGGUCCAAUCCAAGUAUAGAGAUGUUUGUCUCUUACGAGCAUGGCCAUACUGGGUACUUCAGGACGCCCUCCAAAGCCAGUUCAGCCACUAGUGGUAGGAGCGGUAGGAGCCAUCGAAGUCAAAAGAGCACGUCAAGUGGUCGCUCAUAUCGGUCGCAUCGGACGACCACGAGUCAUCACACGCAACAGUCGACGGAUUCGUCCGAAUGGCGACGCGUCCCCUCAGGUACAAGUGCAAGCACAAACACAAGUACAAGCACCAGCAGCGAUUCGAGUCAAUCUCACAGGUCGAGAUCUGAUCGAGAGAGUACGACGGAUGAUUCUCCGAUGACUCCUGCACACCGUGCUCCUCCUGCCGUCCUCUUGGCUAAUGUUCAAGCUCAAGCAGCAGCAUUGAAGGAUGACAGACCAGAAGGAUGGCAGAGACCUCUCCGAUCUCUGCUCGGCUCGAGCUAUGCUCGGUCCGACACGGGUGAUAUGAAACGCCAGACGAAUCUGCCACCUUAUAGCGCCGGUCUCGGGACGAUCGAGCAAGGUUCAGAAGGGCGAAUCCAAUUCACGGGAGCAGCGACUCUUCUCCCCACUGCGUCAGACGAAAAGAUGGAGCAUUUCAGAAGGAUGCUGGCAGUGGCGGAUGGAUCGUCAAACACCAGCAACAGGAGUCCACCGGCUCACGUUCAAAUUCAUGGUCCUUCCACUGUCCACGCAUCGGUACAACCCUCAUCUUGUGCGCUUACUGAUGACGCUCGGUUUUCCAUGGCACCAUGGUCUGGGAUCGACAGGAUGAGCUCUUUGCCACCUAGCGAGGUCAUGUCAGUCUAUGGACAGCCACCUUCCGAACGACGAGAGAGCAAUAUGACGAGCUUCACGAUGCAAUUGGAUCCAGGGAUACGUACUCCUUUGGCACUCAGACCCAGCAUGUCACGGCCUACACCUAGGGUCAUUACUGAUCUGAGUGAUAGUCGAGCCGACAGACGAAGAGAUCAAGGAGAGCCACCCUCAUCUCUAUCCUCGGGAGCUGCGAAUAGCGCUGUGCCUCUUUUGAGCCGGCACGAUAGGCUCUGUGACGUCCCUGGAACAUUGUACGAUGUCAAUCUAGAACAUGAUCUGGACUUGCAGCUCGCAGUGUCCGAGGAGAGGCAUCAAGCGGCCGCUCAGGGACCGAGCUCGUGGCGGGGUGGUGGGAGAAAUAGAAGCGGUACGAUCGCGUCUUCGAGAUCAGGGACGAGUAUAGGGACCACAAUGUCCGGCGCUAGACCUGAUUCUGGACUUAUACCAUUUGAAGAAUUUUAUAGCUCUGUCAGACCGCGAUAG